UAAUAAGAUCCACAUAAAUAUCAAUAGUUUAUUACAUAAAUUAAUUAUAGCCAAGCUUACACUUUUGUUUUUCUAAACCGACUCAUAUGAAAGAUUUAAAACUGCCUAAGUUUUAUUCUAUAUCCAUCUGUAUAUGUAGCAGGGAUGCGACUCUUUUGAUCAAGUGUGAUUAACACCCCUGCAAACUCUAUAAAAAACUUAUAAUAAAUCUAACAUCACUCUAUUUUACCAUUAAUUAGGCUAUAUAAGUACUUGGUGUUACAAAUGUUCAACUAUUUAAUUUUUCGUUAAAAAAAUGACGUCGUCAAAUUGCAUAAGCGAUGUUAAAACUUUCUGUGGUAAACUACAUUUCCAUUUCGAUAAGAGUACGGGUUUUACUUCAAUAUAUCACAAACGUUUUUGACACUUAAAAUUAAAUCUUCUCGCAUUGCACUGAACGACCGGUUACUGCUAUAAAAUUAAUAUAUUAUAAAACGUGAUUGUAUAUCUAUGAACUAUUAUUAUUAUUGCUUUAUUUUAGUAUCAAAAGGACAUUAAGACAUAAAAUAUCUUAUAAAAAUUAUCUUUAUGUCAUUACAUUUGUAUGAUGGUAUGUAGUGCAAAUACGAUAAGAUCUUACGUUAUGCCCGGUAGGUACAAUUGAUUAAUCAUUUAUCAUAUUUUAUAAAAAUCUUGACUGUAUGGCAUUGUCUUACAAAUGACUAAAUGAGGCGUGUAUUUAUUGCUUCAGGCGAACAGAUUAUUAUGAUUAUAUACACCUUACACUCAUUUACGUAAAUACAAAGGCAAACAAGUUUUCAAAAUUGCAACGACAUACAGAGGCUUAUGAAUUUUAUAUUACAAUACAUGAAUUUUAUAUAAUAUUUUUAUUUGCCCCGUAUAUUUUUUUGUUUAAGGAUAUUUAUGUACUGUUUCUAUUCCAUUAAAUCGACAUGGACAUUAAAACAGUGCACUUUCUCUGUCGUUCAAGAGUAUAAAAAUGUUUUUAUACUAUCCAAUUUUUUAUGUCUAUAAAAUACUUUAGAAUAGAGAAUUAUAAAUAGCACUCUUAGUACUUUAUACAUAUAAAAUAUUCCAUGCAUUCUUAUCCCUACACAUUGCUUCGAUAAUUUUCAUAUUAAUUAAAAUAAAUGUUUCCCGUAUACUACAAAAUUAAGAAUGUUACGUUUUGUUUGUAGUAUAUUUAUGUCAAGUUAUUACUGAUUGAUGUAUGCACUUCGUUUGUAGGUAAAAUCGAGUUCAUUAAUAUAUGAGAAGACUGUAAACAACAAAAACAUCUUGGUAUUAAUACAUGCCAUAAAAUACUUAACAACUUUACCUUCAAUAUUUUUAAGCAAUCAGCGUUACCAUACACAUGUAACAGAUUCAAAAUUUUAUGCAAAGUGAAGAUAAUAAACAUCUAUUUAAGCAUUGACAAAUAGGUACUAACUUAAUACUGCGGUUCCACUCGGCGCUCAGAACAGGAGCUUUACUCUCUUUCUCCGAAACGAAAUUUCGGUAUUGAACAAAUUUUAAACGAAAUUUCACCAGUGACUCCUCUAUUUUCGAACACGCACAUAAGUUUCGGAAUCACAAAUCUCCACUUUUUAGAUUACGCUUUUAACUUGGUAACAAUAUUACUAUACGACAAAAUUUUUAAUGACAUUGAAAGAAAGAAGUCAAAUAAAGUUUCUUUGACAGUGUUUGCAGACUAAUUUGUAGACUUGAUACAAUCGGUUGUAUGUCAAUCUAAAUUUGUAGUUUAAUACUAUGAAGUAUUGGAUAUACAAUAAUUAAUAAAAAUUUGGUUUAUUUCUCAAUUUUGCAUGCUAAAAAUUGUUCCUCACGCUAAGCAGUCUUGAUUAAAAAUACUCUAGCAGUCAGUUUUAGUCUUAAUUAAAACAAAGAUCUCAAAACGAAAAUGAAAAGGUGACACUUUUCAUUUCGUCAUUUGAGGUUAAAGUUUCAAACAAUUAUCUAUCAAGUUCGACUUUUCGUUCGAAAGUUUUGGGAACUAGAGUAGGCUUGGUGAAUUUAAUUGUCAAACUAUUUUCGGACGAACGAAUUUUCGAAUCGAAAAAGAGUAAGAAACGUGCGAAAUUUUGUUGAAAUAGCCUCCUGUUCUAAACGAGCAAGCAUUUGUUUGCUCGGUAAGUGGAAACAUCAGGGCGAGCGAACGAGUUCGUUCAGCGGCGUUUGGCUGAACUAAGUGAACGAAUGCUUGCUCGCCUAAUCUUUUAAUGGAAACAACGCAACGGCAAACGAACACUUGUUCAGAGCAUUGGCUCGAAAUCAACUUCUAUGAUGAUCAUCAGUUUCUUGAGUGAUUGAGAGCGGAAACAUGUACCAAUUAUUUUCAGCGAAGUCUGACAAAUAGUAAACAUUUGCUGAACAAAAUGUAUGCUCGGUAGAUAAGUGGAAACGCAGCUUAUGACGUAAUAAAAUGAAAUGAACUACACAUGCUGAGCAACGGCAAGGCAAAUCAUCUAACGAAUUAGCAAUAUUAUUAAUUUUGCAAAGAUUUUUUUAUGUCUAAUGUGUAUGGGCCCUUUAUCGUUUACAGCAAUAUUUAAACCAUUGGCCCUGCCUAUAUAUUAAUGAACUCGACUGCACCUACAUUACAAAAGUAAAUUCUUAUUAACAUAAUCACAAUGGCAAACUGAUAUAACAUGUAAGUAAUUAUAAUAUUAAUUAUAUUACAUUAGGCAUAUCUAAAUCAGAGAUUAGCCCACAAGGAUUACUUAUAAUUAUGUUUUUUUUUUAUAUCUCAAAGCAUUAAUACAUGACUGAUAUCAUAAUUUUGUUUUUGGCGUCAUUACAAUAUUGAAUCUAAUCGAAACAAUGUUAAAGGACACAUUGAGUACAAUUCUAUUGCACAAACAUUAUAUGUAAAACAUGAAAGUAUGUAUAAGAAGGAAAGUCUCUUUCUAUUCCUCAGAAUAUAAAAGCGACAAAUGUCCAAUAGUAACAUUGACGGUAAAUUUGAACGUACUGCUUUUUUUCGGGCAAAUUAUGGCCAGUGCAAAUUAGCGGAUGGCAUAGUAGAGUAUUUCUUUUUUAAUUUUUAAUAUAAAUUUAUUUUACCCUGCUUUGACGUCCGCAUGUGAGCUGUAUAAUAUAAUAUAUAUCCUUUUUUUACCCUACUCCAUCAAAAUCUCGCAGUGAAAGCACAGUAUGUUACGUCCUAACACUUUGCGUAUUUGAUACUUCUUUGUUGAUAGCAACAUUUCAAACAAUUGUUACCUAUCGUCAAUUUCUAUGUGGACAGAACAAGAUGUACCAAUUACCAUUAAUACUGUUAUUAUAUAAUGAGUGUGCAGUAGAACAAAUCCCAAUAUAAUUUAACAAUUUGCAAUAUUUUUAUAAAUAGUGAAUUUUGGAUAUUGAUGUUGGUGUUUCGUUCAACGUUAUAAGGUACUAUGUGGUGUUGGAUUCACAGUGGUAUACUUGUCUGCUAUAAUUAAAAUAAACAGCACAAAUAUAAUCAAUUGUGUAAUUUGCUGAGCCAAAGAAAUUUUAUAAAGAAAGGACAAAAAUGGGUCUGUCGUCGGUGUUAUUCCGUCAUCUAUUUUUAUCACUAUUCAAAUAUAAAUAAAUCAGAGUUAAUCACCAUAAAACUAAACUUUUAUUUAUAUUUGACAGUUAACUAUUUAGGUGGAUAUUGAUUUCUUAGGAAGUAACCACAAUAAGGGCACAUAAAGGUCUGCACAUAUAUCGAAUGGGAAGCGGAUCGGGCACCGCACCGUCUAAAUCAAGCCGUUCAAUAUGUUUAGGGUCAAUUCACAUCGGAGUGGCAGCGGUCGGCUGACUGAAAGGUUCCGCGGAGUAGCGAAAGGCGCGCUGGCGAUAGUCUUUUCAGUGUGUAGAUAACACCGCUUCCAGUGAGAAAAUGCUCGCCGCGUCGCUGGUGGCCCGCUGCCAUUCCCGUGUGAAUUGACACUUUUCUUUGUUUGAAUUGAAAUUCCCUACUGUAAUAAACAUUUGUCAGCAUCCUUACGGUACUGUAUUGCCCCGAAGUCAGGUGGCGAACCACAACCAUGUAACUAGGUAAUUAGAUUGUGUCUUAAUUUUAAUGUAAAUUUUACUCAUUUAAACCUAUUUCUAUUGAUUUAAAUGACAACGUAUUUAUUUUAUCAUUCACAUUCUUUAAAUUUUAAUUCAACAAAGAGAUCGAGUGAUGUAAGUACAAGACACAAAAUGAGUUUAUACAAUGUUGGACGACGAUACCCUAACGCUAUACAUUAACAAUUAACUAUAUUCUAGUUAAGAAGGUAUGAUGUAGAUACAAGUAAAUGCAAUAAAUGCGGUAAAAUGGUUAAAUGUCACAUAUACAUAAUGACGUUUUGUGAUUCAUGAGUAUCAAAGUUACUUUAAUUUAAUGAUUGAACACAAUUUAUUCAAAAUAUACAUAGAUGUAACAAAGUAUUCGCAAAACUGGAAGACGUUUACGACCCACAUUAUCUAAUUUUUCAGCUCUUAACAAAUAUAGACAAUAUUUUCCCAAUAAUAUGGCAUCGAUUUAAGAAAUAUGUACCUAUUGCUUAUUAACUAUUUUUGUACAAUAGACCCAUUUCAGUAGCUUUAAAUGAAAUCCAACAAGAAACAAGAUCUACAAAGCAUUUUAGAGUGACUAGAUCAUCAAUAAAUCGAUUUCAUUCCAAUUACGCAAAAUGGAGAUUAUUUUGUUACUACUGUACUGGCUACAUACGCUUCUUAGGCUGACGUUUCAACUUUUAAGAAUCACAUUUAUUGCAUGUGCUUGUUGUUUUUGAAAAUAUCUAUCUUCACGGUGUCCCGUGUAGGGUUCACAAUUUGAAAUAUCAUACACAAAAUAAAAUUGUAUCAAUUUGUUUAGCCCUAAUAAAAUUUGCCAGCAGGUUAAUAUCUAUAGAGAAAAAAAUAUGAAAAUGUUUCCAUCCUAACCGGAAAAAUUACUCAUUACAUGCGUGGUAAACAUUUUAAACGUAAUGCACAUUACAUUUCAUAUUAAAAAUUGGGAAAUAUUAAAUAACUAAUUAUAUUAAAGAAAAUAUACAAAGCAGCUUCUUAAUCAUUAAUCGGACACAGGACUUCACAAACAACAUAAAGUUGGUAGAAAAUUUAAAAAGAUUAAUUAAACGGGGAUGAUUAAAAAUAAUCAGAAAAUAUUUAGCGAAAGCGAAGCGAAAAUAUGUGCAAUAACCAUACUACACAACAAUCGGUUGUUUAUACUACCAAUAUAACCUCAGAGUAAUUGGUAAAAUUAAGGGCUAUUCAGAUACCAAACCUGAGAGAAAAAUCUUGAAAAACCAGCUGUAAAAAUUCUUAAGUAAGGUAAUAAUUCGGCUGAGGAUGAGUGGAUAGUCCAAUUGAAAUAAAAUCGGACUUGGGUAAUUAUAUUUUUGGGCCAACGAAAACCUCGAAAAAGUUUAGUAUGCGAUUAUACUUCAAUUGCAUUUCCAAUUUAGGAUAAGUAGUUUUACAAUUCAAAACUGUGGUAUGUGGAAAAGAAUGGGUUGGCAGGAGUAGGGUAUAAUUCCACCGUACAUAAUCAAUAGCUGGCUGAAGCAAGAUUUAUGGACGAAGUCAUUACAAAUUUCAGCCUUUUCACUUCAUGAGUGAAUUUAAGUUAAAUAGCUAUUUUGAAAUGCUAAAAAUGAAAACGAUUUAUUAAACUAAAUACCAAAUUACUCAAAAAUUACAUGACAUCGUUGCAAUAAUAAAGAUAUUAAAGUUAUUGAAAAAGUAUGGAAAAUUUGACAAACAUCCAAUACAAAGACCCUGUGUAGUUUUAGUAAGAUGAAAAGAAUUUCGCAUUUAGCAAUAAUUAGUAGGUUUUUUUUAUUUUUAUUUUCAGUAAGUAUUUCAAAUGUUUUCAUUGAAGCAGAUUAUUUGAUUAAAUGUUAUGAUGAUCAGGAUAUUAUAUAAUAGUAUUUUCAAUAAGUUUUUAACAAACAACCAGUGUCUGCAGACAAUCAUAAGACCAAUUAAUGGUGUCCUAUUUAUUGGCAGACUUUUUGUGUGGCAUCUGCGUUUGCAUUACAAAAUUAAUACUAUCUGACAUGUGAGAUCACCAUUGAACGCAGAGCUGGAAUUCGCUAGCAGCAAUAAACAAUGCGGAGGAUUUAAAAUCGCAUAGCUUUUUGGUUACAUGUAAACUUCAUCCCAGCACAGCAAAACUUAGUUUUUGAAAGGUACACCACAAGACACGUAUAAUAGGCAAAGCACUUACUAUUACUAUAUUGGCAAUAUUUAUAUAUCAACUAGAUCUAACAAGUCAAUUGCGAGUAUAAAAAUAAAGAUAAAAGAUACAAAAUUGUUUUGAAUACAUGCGCACAAUAUAGGUAGUUUAAUAUAAAAAAUACAUGAAAUUAUAUUAUGAUUGUUGUAAUUUUUUUGUAUUGUAUCUAAUCAAAAUAUAACUAAUAUAUAAAGAAAUUUGUUUAAUUAUUUUUUUAUUCCACAUAGUUCUACAAUAAGUUCUAUAGUAAAACAGAAAGAUUAAAAAGUUCCCUUUGGUUCUACAGUCCACUUUGAAAGAAUUAUAUAGAACUUUAUAUGUAUCUAUUGAGUUCUACUAUUUAUAACGUUAUUAAAAUGGUUGAUAGUACUGGACGGAAUAUAAAUUCCAUAUUGUUCUAUUACACUAAAUCACAGAGCUAAACGGAUUUUAUUUCCACUUAGUCGUAUGACAAAAAAAUUACUUUUAAAUAGUAGAACUAAAUCAUACUAAGAUUAAAAAUGUGAAAGUUUGCAAGUAUUUAACUCAAUCACGCAAAAACUACUGAACAGAUUUGGAUGAAAUUUGUUACACAUAUAGUUUAUGGCAGCACCUAGUGGAUAAUAUAUUCUACUUAUGGGUGCCAGCUACUUUGUCCGCGUAAACCUUAGUUUUUUGUGAAUCCCACAGGAAUACCCUAAAUACACCACGCCACGUGUGAAAAGUCAAGUUGCCGCGGAGCUUAGUGAAAAAAUGCGAAAAAAAUACUUAUAGAAUGUAGUGUCGUUUUUUCGACAGGUAUCUAAUAAAGCCAUUGGGCAAAAAUGUAUGGACGCUGGACCCACGCCCGCCACGGCUUUAACUACAUUUGUUUAAAAGGCAUUAUAGUCAUGAUCAUCUGUGCUAGAGCGCAUCAAAUUCCAUCCCGGCGGUCUUUAGUUAUUUCAAGUUAAAUAGGUACAAGUACUAUUACGAACGAACAAUAAUGAAACAAGGGAAUUAAUUUAGUUAGUUCGACCCUACUAAACUGUUUUGAGGUGUCUCAGUAAGAGCAAGCGCAGGAUGGACGGCAGACUUUGUCGUAUAUCUGGUUGUAUAGUACGAUAUGGCAUAUUAUUAAGGUUACUAAGAAUAUAAAAUGAAGGUACUUACUAUAAAAUGAAUUAAUUUAGCUACUUAAAUAUGCCCAUUCUUUUGACUACCAGGAUAUUUUUUUAUUAUGUCAUAAUAAAAAAGGGUAGUUUUUUAUAGAUCUUUCUAUUCAUACUAAUAACAUUGUUGUCGGAGCUGGGUGUGUUUUGCCCACUGUCCUUUUUCUUAAUUCAACGCAUUGAAGCAAAUUUAGUUCUAAUACUUACUAGGAAAUGAUUUAAUAGAAAAUAGUUGUGAUAUUCAAAUACAUGGAAAUAAUUCAGCUGUCUCUUUUCUUCGCGGCCCGUACUUGCUAUAUUGCUAACAGCGCAUUCAGAAUUGCGCGUAUAAUCAAAGAACUAAGGUCUAUAUUCUUCCGCAUAUAGCAGUAAGACGUAAAAUUUUACGAGCUUGCAUUUCGAACUGUCAUAACUCUUUGACGCAUGCGUUUUAAUUAAGACCUUAAACAGUAUGCAUUAAAGAUGACUUUUUAUUUUUAAAUAAUCUCUAUAUGGAUUCUUACUACGCAAUGAUCUUACGGAGCUCCGUGGAUCGUCCAAUGUACCUUUUGGACAGGUUUCGGGCACGGUAUUGUUCGUGUUGGUGUAUCUAGGGUAUUUUAAUAUUGUUGAUAAACAUACAAACUUUCACUUUAAUUAUAUUAGUAGGAUAUAUGUAUUUCAAAGUGAACUAUAGAACCAAAGUGAACUUGUCUACCUUUCUGUUCUAUUAAUGAAAGUAAUUGUAAACAAGAUAAUGAAAUGAUGAGAUUGUGUGCCAUAAUUCAAAACAUGUUGCAAAUGUCUAUAUUAUGUUAUACUAAAUUAAUUGAUUCAGCCUUAUUUACAAUGCAGUGUAAAAAUUAUUAAAUACAUAUAACUAAACAUUAUAAUUUUAAAAUUUAUUAAGAACAAUACCUCAGCUUGAUCACAUUGGCAGUUAAAGUUACAUAAUUAAAUUACUAAAUAAGAAAUGGCAAAAUGUGAGUAUUUGACACUUUUUAUUUUACCACAGUAUAAACUUUUGGGUUCAAUCUCUCAAUAAUAUACAUAUAAAUUAUCCAUCAAAUUAGCUAACUACAUUUAUACUCUAUUUUUACAAUAUUAUGUAAAUAAAAUUAUAAUAUGUCUGAAACAUGACAAAUAAGCUCCCAUACAUAAUGAGAAAUUAUUAGUUCUUGUACUUCCUAUUUAAAAAUGUCGCUUAUUUCACAAUUUUGCUUAUGUCUAAUUAUCAAAGUAAUUAAGUACAAUUUUCUUUAAAAAUAAAAUAAUAAUAUUCAUUACAAAAUAAUCACAAAUAUAAACAUCAGUCUAGAUAAAUAGAUUUUAGUGUGUCUGGUGUAAUAAAUAAAACACAGUUUAUUCAUUAAAACUGACUUCACAUUAGGCAAAAAUAUUAUUAUUUUGAGUAGUAAAGUAAUGGCUUUCCUUCGUUGUAUAGAAGUAACAAGACGGUAUUAUAAAGCUAUUUAGAUUGGAAAUCAAUAAUUAUCAAAUUUAGGCCAGUUCUUCUUAUAUUGUAUGGUUUGUUCUGCAAUUGGGUUUAUGAAAACCAAACUUGUUAUUUAGUCUUUUAAAUACCAAUAAAUUUGAAACACAUUUUGUUUUAUUAAAUACCUACAUAAUUAUAAUAUCAAGUUCGAUAAAAAAAAUCACAGAAAAGUGUUGUGUCUAACGUAAUCACUAUUAGCACAUAAUUAAUUUGCACAUCAAAAUCCCAAUAACCCAAUAACAACACACAUUUCUAUAUUAAAAAUUGAAGAAACAAAUGCAUGUAAACAACACUUUUUUCGUAUAGUGAUAUACUUUGAAAAGUUGUACAUUAACACUAAGUCUUAUUCUAUGACAUAUGCUUUUAGAAAAAUAUACAGAAUGCAUUUAGUGAAAAUUUAUUUUCCAAAGAUAUUAUAAUAAACAACUGUCCACUCUAGCUGCUAAUCAUAAAGGUCAUGGUCCUGAUCACAUAGUUUAUUUUAUUCAUGAAAUGUGGUUCAGUUAUCUUUGUCUCUUGUCCCUCAAACCUUCAAACUGCACAUCCUAUAUGUUCAAACAAGAAAACCAUAAGGUCCACUUACGCGAAUCUGAGCGCGCAUACUUUGAACACUAUUCAUAAUUUUCUUCUGGUGGCCGACAAGAGUGACGCCGAGGGAUGCCAAUUGGUGGACUGUUAAAUCAACAACAGCCUCCAUAUCUGUGAUUCCAGCAGCACGAAAUUUUUCGAUGUAUCGUGACAUUUUAAUACACUCCAACCAUUCUUCGACAGAUGAGAACUGGUUAACGUCUGGUGUAUCUCCUGCUAGAGGAUCUGCUGAGCGGUUUUGAGCUAUUUUCCUCAAAGUAUCUGGGCAACGAAUAAGUUUGUCCAAUGUUUUCACAAUACUUGAGAAAGUUGGUCGAUGUGUACGCUCUUUUUGCCAGCAAUCAAGCAUUAGCUGAUAUACAGCUUCUGGACAAUCCAUCGGUGCAGGAAGACGAUAUCCUUUUUCUAUUGACUUGAUUACAUCCUGAUUACUCCAAUUCCAAUAGGGACGUUCACCAAAGCUCAUAACUUCCCAACAUACAAUACCCAUGGACCAUACAUCACUAGCUGAUGUAAAUUUUCUAAAUGCAAUAGCUUCUGGUGCUGUCCACCGUACUGGAAUUUUACCACCUCGAGUGGUGUAAGCUCCAUCAGCUGUAGAUUCAAUUUCACGGGAUAAUCCAAAAUCAGCAAUUUUACAAACUAGUUGGGAAUUAACUAGGACAUUACGUGCAGCAAGGUCUCUAUGAAUAUAAUUCAUUUCAGAUAGAUAUUGCAUUCCAGUUGCUAUUCCACGUAGCAUUCCCACAAGCUGUAAAACACGGAACUUGCCAUCAUUUGCUCUCAAAAAUGUGUCCAAUGAACCAUUUUCCAUAAAUUCUGUGAUAAUCAUGAUGGGAUUACAUUUCGUAACAACACCUUGCAAGAAAAUCACAUUAGGGUGUUCAAACUGUCCCAUGAUAGAAGCUUCAGCCAAGAAGUCUCUUCUAGCUCUCUCGGUUGACCCUGGUUUGAGAGUUUUAAUAGCUACAUCUAUUUCUUGUCCACAACUUGCAGGUAGUUUAAGUUUACCACGACAAACAUCACCAAAUUCACCACCACCAAUUAUGGCCUCAAUGGUUAUACAAGAUGCAUCAAUUUCACGUGCAAAUUCUCUCACAGCUUGGUUGGGAUCUUCAUAGGUGUGGGGGUCAAUAUAUGUCCUAGAACCAGUACCAGCAAACAAGGGUGUGGUAGCAUUACUACUAGUUUUUGCUGGCCUUUCUGGGCCAGUGUAGACUUCACCAUUACGAUAAUUUAAUGCAUUACAGUCAUUUGGCUGCUUCUUAUCACAUUCAUCAUCAGCACGUGAUCUCAAAAAUAGCACUGUGGCAAUAAUAGCAACCACAGAAAGUACAACAACUGCCACCAUGACCCCAGCAACCAGUCUCACUUGUGCACCUUCUUCUUCACCAACAAAUGUUGUCUCUAAAACAGAUCCUGUAUGUGCAUAGAUUAUUCCACUGAAUUCACCCCAUCCUCUUUUCAUUUUUGCUCUAACUCUAAUACCAUAUUCAGUGUCACUUUUUAAACCAGUUAUAGUUAAAUGAGGUUCCUUGGUGAUCUUUAAUGUUGCAUUUCCACUUUUUUCUAUAUUAUCUUUUGGAAAACAUUUUACUUCAUAACUUUCUAUAGUAUCAUCAGGAUCAGUCAAAUCAAUUGGAGGUGGAUUCCAUGCUACUGUUAGUUUGUCACUUUCAACACUGAGAACUCUCAACUUUGAUACCACACUGACGACUGAAGCCUCGGUAACAGCUGUUAUUUCAACCUUCUUUGCUGGUUCACCUGUUAAUUCAGUAACACCAUUUUCAGCUAAUAUUUGAAAUUUAUAUUCUGUCACUGGAUCUAGACCUAUAAUAGUUACUCUAGUAGCAUUUAAACCACUAGCAGCAGGUCUAUACUCAACACUAGGGCCACAAUUUGAGCAAUGUAUACGAUAUGUGACAUCAUUUCGCCCACCAUUUUUAUGUGGUGGCUGCCAUGCAAGGGCUAUUGAAAACUGAUCUGCAAAUGUAACAGUUAAAUUGUCUGGUGCAGAUGGUGGUUGUGUGCAUGGUAUGUUUUUGGGAUCUUUUUUAGCUCUGAAGAAUCCUGGUAUACAUUUACACUCACUUGCUGCAAAAAUCGUUGAUUCAGAGAAAUCAGGGCAAGCAAUACAGGGAUCAUCUCCAGUAUGAGAUUUAAACUUCCCUGGUUGACACUUAUUGCAUACUUGAUUAUGGUGAUCAGGCUCAAAACCUGCACGACAUUUGCAUGAUCCACUAGGCAGAGUCCAUUUACCAUCUCCUUUACAAAGGUAUACAGGAGCUGCUUCACCAGGGGCAAUCUCUGCAUUCUCCACACAAGUACCAUUGGCUUGCUCAAUUACUGUGACUUCCCUCCCUGUUGGUGUUGCUUGGAAUCUAGCAAAGUUGACCGUUACUUCUGGACAUGUAAUAUAAUAAACUUUCACAGCCAAGAUUGAAAUGCAUGCACCUUGAUCUCGGAAGGCAAAGUAAACUCCUCUUUUAGUCACAGCAAUACUUUUAACUUCAGUAUUUAUGUCCACUUCUGAGUUGGUAUUGAAUCUGCCUUCACCUGCAGCUAUUCUGCCAACAAGUUUGUAACUAUCAGGUUCCCAAGGGGGCUGUUCCCUUGUGGCGACAUCAAACUCAUAGUACAGUAGACUGAAAGUCUCUUUGCAGCUUAGUGCAUUGCCAGGAAACAACGAACAAUCACGAAUUGUAAACUUAAUCUCAAUAUAUAUGCGAUUGGCAUUUCGCCUUUCUAUGAAAGGUGUCCACAGCCAAUUAUUGACAUUAUGAUGAGCAACAUCACAUACCACGUACGACCGCCAGUUGAUCUGUUUCUCAAAAUUUGUGUAGGAUUCUUCAAGCCACCCAGGCGUGCUAGCCUGCGGUCCGUACGGAAACCUCGUCCAUCCGAGAGUCGCCUCUGUGGUGGUGUCUAAAAGAAGCACCUGUUCUCCACAUACACUAAGCGCUGUCAGGGCCGCGGCCGCCACCACCGCAAAAACCCACAUCAUCUCGUCCACAUAAUAUAACACACGAUGACCCAAUCACAAAGUUCAAUACGCAAUAAAUAACACAAAAGUACUCUUACUACAUAAUGCACUCCUUACUUUUUUACUAAAUGUUCUCUAUUAACAAUUCACUUUGUUACGAAUAAAGGGCAGUCGUCCCGUCAUUUCACUUCACUGGUGAGAAAUUAAUGGAGGCCGAGGUCUUGUUUAUCAAUCAUGUUACUGUGUUUACAACAAAGACACUUGAAUUUCGUGUUGAUAACAUUAAUCAGUUCAACGGAAACAAUUUAAAGCAGUUCUAAGUAGAGAUUCGCAUUGAUAUUGAUCCCGUAUUACACAAAUGAAAAUCUCUUGACAUGGACGCGCAGCAAAUUACACAGUGCUGCCACAUUUUACCUUUCUUUCCAGUUUCCUCCUCUUUUUUAACGUUGUCCCUUUUUAGGCAAGGCAAAGGGAGCAAUGCCCCAGCCUAGUCUUCAGAUUUCUUCGGUCUUUUUUUGAUGUGUAACAUCUUUCCUCUCGCUUUCCCUGCAAUUUGUGGGAGUGAUUUCGUGAGCUGGGACGGAAGUGUGUAAUAGGAACACGAGAAAGCGCGCGUUAUUUGAUUUGAUUUUAGAACAUAAUGUUCAAAUGGCUUAUUCCUUUUGUAGUAGGUUUUAUUUCUUUUUUUACUUAUAUAAGGUGAGAUUUCAAAUGUUACACAUCAUAAGCGGCUACUGUAAGGCUCGCUCGUUUUUUUACAUUACAAUGUGGAUGUGAUACAUUCUAAUGUUUCUUGGUGUUUGGCACGAAUUGUAUCGAGUCAACUACAGUUUGUCUAUAGAGUCGUGACAUGAAUGUUUGAGGAACUAACAUUAAUCAUGUGUCUGGCAACACCAAACUUAUGUACAUCAGCUGUCAUCGAGUUUCAGUUGUGGAACAGUUUUCCUUUUGUAUUUUUUAUUGUUUCGAUUAAACUGUAUUAAAUUAAGACGAAACUACGCAGAAAGGUAUAAAAAUGAGUAAAGUAAAUUGGAGUGGCACGCGGGAAGUGAUUUUUAAGGUUUUCCAGCGAUGUUUCGAAGACUACCAAGCUGGACGAAUUUUAUGGGAUUUGGAUGAUGUUUAUGGGCGAACAGCAUCUAUAACGGAAAUUCAUAAUAAUGUUAGGUUAUUCCAAUGCCGGUGUUCCAGAUAAGUCUUGGCAACCGCCUGUUGCAGUAAUCGAAACUACGAUGGGUGCGAUGGUUGUAGAAAUGUAUUGGAAACACACUCCUAUAACAUGCAGAAAUUUUAUGGAACUUGUUCGAAGAGGAUAUUACAAUAACACUAAAUUUCACAGGGUAAUAAGAGACUUUAUGAUUCAAGGUGGUGAUCCUACAGGAACAGGGAAAGGUGGGCAGUCAAUAUAUGGGCCACAAUUUGAUGAUGAAAUUACUAGUGAUUUAAAACACACAGGUGCAGGCAUUUUGUCUAUGGCUAAUGCAGGACCAGACACUAAUGGAUCUCAGUUUUUUAUCACAUUAGCACCAACUCAGUGGCUUGAUGGAAAACACACUAUAUUUGGACGGGUGCAAAGUGGCAUGUCUGUUGUUAAAAGAAUAGGGUUAAUUGAAUGUGAUAAGAAUGAUUGUCCUGUUGAUGAUAUUCGCAUUGAAAGAGCGUACGUCCCUAAAUAAUUAUGUUCAUAAUGUCUUAAAUAAAAAAACACCAUCUCAAUACA